AUGAGAGAAAUCAUUCAUUUAUCUACUGGUCAAUGUGGUAACCAAAUUGGUGCUGCUUUUUGGGAAACAAUUUGUGGUGAACAUGGAUUAGACAACAAUGGUAAUUACGUUGGUACUGAUGACUUACAAAAAUCUAAAUUAGAUGUUUACUUUAACGAGGCAAGUUCUGGAAAAUACGUUCCUCGUGCUGUUUUGGUUGAUUUGGAACCAGGCACAAUUGAUAAUGUUAAAGCAUCUAAAGUUGGUAACUUGUUUAGACCUGAUAACUACAUUUUUGGUCAAAGUUCAGCUGGCAACGUUUGGGCAAAAGGCCACUAUACUGAAGGUGCUGAAUUAGUCGAUUCGGUUUUGGAUGUUGUUAGAAGAGAAGCUGAAGGGUGUGAUUCUUUACAAGGUUUCCAAAUUACUCAUUCAUUGGGUGGUGGUACCGGUUCAGGUAUGGGUACCUUGUUGAUCUCCAAGAUUAGAGAAGAAUUCCCUGAUAGAAUGAUGGCUACUUUCUCUGUUGUUCCAUCUCCAAAAGUUUCUGAUACUGUUAUUGAACCUUAUAAUGCCACUUUGUCUGUCCACCAAUUGGUUGAAAAUUCUGAUGAAACCUUCUGUAUUGAUAAUGAAGCUUUGUACAAUAUCUGUCAACAAACUUUGAAAUUGCCACAACCAUCAUAUACAGAAUUGAACAACUUGGUUUCCUCAGUUAUGUCCGGUGUCACUACUUCCUUGCGUUAUCCAGGUCAAUUAAACUCUGAUUUAAGAAAGUUGGCUGUUAACUUGGUUCCUUUCCCAAGAUUACAUUUCUUUAUGGUUGGAUAUGCUCCAUUGACUUCAAUUGGUUCUAAAUCGUUUAGAUCUGUUUCUGUUCCUGAAUUAACUCAACAGAUGUUUGACGCAAAGAAUAUGAUGGCUGCUUCUGACCCAAGGAAUGGUCGUUACUUGACUGUUGCUGCCUUUUUCAGAGGUAAAGUUUCGGUCAAGGAAGUUGAUGAUGAAAUGCACAAGAUUCAAACCAGAAACUCGUCAUACUUUGUCGAAUGGAUUCCAAACAAUGUUCAAACUGCCGUCUGUUCUGUUCCACCAAAAGAUUUGGAUAUGUCUGCUACUUUUAUCGGUAACUCUACAUCUAUUCAAGAAUUAUUCAAGAGAGUUGGUGAUCAAUUUAGCGCUAUGUUUAGAAGAAAAGCGUUCUUGCAUUGGUAUACAUCUGAAGGUAUGGAUGAAAUGGAAUUUACUGAAGCGGAAUCAAACAUGAAUGAUUUGGUUAGUGAAUAUCAACAAUAUCAAGAAGCAAGUGUGGAUGAAGAGGAGUUGGACUAUGCUGAUGAAGUUCCUUUGGAAGAAGCAAUAAUGGAAUAA